CGAAGUAGUCAUUGUUUUUGUGUUCUUUGUGAUAAAUAAAAAAAAUAUUUGUAAAAUUUAUAUUUAAGAGAUAAACGUGUAAAAGAGAACGAACAAAUUAGUCGUACUAAUACUAUUUUGUUUAACUUUAUUCAUGUUAUAUGUUAUUUGUGUACUUUGGUCGCAAUAAUCUAAGAUUUCAAAGUGAUAAUUUACUUGCUUGUUUGUUUUAGUUGUUGUUUGUAGUGUUGCGCAAUAUGUCUGCUAACAAAGUUAAUGUAGAUUUGCAAAGGGAACGGGCGAAAUGCAACUUUAACGUAGAAGAAUUAACGAACUUUUUAGACUGGGGAGUUAAAUAUACAGAGAAAAGGAGAAACUUAGAGCAAAAGGUGUUAAGCAUUAAAGGCUUGUUGGAUGACACUCCCGAGGAAUACUUGAGUCAUAAAGAGAAAUAUGAGAACGCCAUCCGUAAAUCUGUGUUGUUUUACAAAACUCUACAUUCAACGGAGGAUGAAAACAUGUCUAUUGACGAGAAAACUAAGCUUAACUUCCGUAACAUAGUAACAUCUGCAAUAUUCAAAGACAACUCGCCAUUCAUGCUGCAUAACUCGAUGUUCAUCCCGACCAUCAUGGGCCAGGGCACUGACGAACAAAGGGAGUACUGGAUGAAACGGGCAAAGAAUAUGGAGAUAAUCGGCACAUAUGCUCAGACGGAACUGGGACAUGGUACCUUUAUACGUGGCUUGGAGACGCAAGCAACAUACGACCCAGACACGGAGGAAUUCGUUUUGCACAGUCCUGUGCUGUCCUCUUACAAAUGGUGGCCUGGAGGCUUGGCCCACACGGCGAAUUAUUGCAUAGUUAUGGCCCGUCUCUAUAUAAAAGGAAAGAGCCACGGAAUCCAUCCUUUCAUGGUACAGAUCAGAGAUGAAGAGACCCACAUGCCUUUGCCUGGAAUCAAGCUUGGCGAGAUCGGAGCAAAGCUUGGUUUCAACACUGUUAACAAUGGCUUCCUGGGCUUCGAAAACCAUAGAAUAUCAAGAGACAGAAUGCUCAUGAAGAAUGCACAGGUCUUGAAAGAUGGAACAUUCGUAGCGGGCAGCAACAGCAAGCUGACGUACGGAACCAUGGUGUAUGUUCGGGUCCUAAUAGUGAGUAACAUGGCCAACAUGCUGGCUAAGGCGGUCACUAUAGCGGUGAGGUACAGCGCUAUCAGGAGGCAGUCGCAGCCCAAACCCGAUGAACCUGAACCUCAAAUCUUGGACUACGUGACUCAGCAGCACAAAUUGUUCAUCGCGAUUGCGUCGAGCCAUGCGUUCUAUAUGAACGCCAUGUGGUUGUGGGAGAUAUACUACAGCGUGUCCUUACAACUCGCAAGCGGCAAACUUGACAACUUGCCUGAGUUACAUGCGUUAGCUUGUUGUCUAAAGCCAUUGAGUACAAUAGACGCCACGGCAAUGAUAGAGAAGUGUAGAUUGGCGUGUGGCGGGCACGGCUACAUGCUGUCAGCUAACCUCGCGCAGACGUACGGUCUGGCCACUGCCGCCUAUACAUACGAGGGUGAGAACACAGUGCUGCUACUGCAAGCUGCCAGAUCAUUAGUAAAAGCUUGGGUCGGUCAUGUCAAAGGUCGACCUUUGAAAGGUACAAUGGCGUACCUAGCAGGAGAGUCUACAGUGAAGGCGUGGGACGGCUCCAUUGACGGAAUAAUACAGAGCUUUAAAGUUGUUGCCAUACGUAAAAUAUCGAGUGUUGUGAAGAUUCUACAGGACUAUGAGAAAUCCGGACUAUCCCCAGAAGAUGCAUGGAACAAGGCUUCAGUAUUCCUUACUGCAGCAUCUGAGGCACAUGGCAGAGCUGUUCUUCUCUCAGUGUACAAGUCUGAGAUGGAUAAGAGAGCCGCCGUCCUGUCUCCGCCUUUAAGAAAAGUUUUAUUACAACUGGUGGAUUUGUAUGUGACGUACUGGGCACUUGAAAAAGUUGGCGAUAUGUUGCUGUAUGCAUCGAUUACGGAUAAAGACGUCGACGAAUUGCAGCGAAGAUACAUAGAGCUAUUGGCAGCCAUCAGGCCUAAUGCAGUCGGCUUGGUAGACGCCUUCGACUUUAGAGACGAGAUUUUAAACUCAACUCUUGGUGCUUACGACGGUCGCGCGUAUGAACGUCUGAUGGAGGAGGCAAUGAAGAGUCCACUCAACGCGGAACCUGUCAAUCAAACCUUCCACAAGUACUUAAAGCCAUUCAUGCGCGGCAAAUUGUAAACAGUAAAAUGUUAUUUUGUAUUUAUCGUACGUGUCUCACCUAUUAUAGCACUAAUUAAUUUGGUGCCAACUGACGGCAGAAUAUUUAAACGAAUUUAUGACCAAUUUUGUCAAUGUUUUGGCACUGAGACUGUAUGAUGGAUGCGAGAUAAAGAUAUAACUAUAUGUUUAUUUUAAUGUGAAGGGCUAUGUGUAUUUCAUUUCAAUGUUAUA